AUCGUUACAUAACAUAACCUUUUGUGACUUGUAAACAGCUCAUUAAUAAUGCCAAAAAAGUGCAGCGUCCCACAAUGUAAAAAUAUCGUGAAAUUUAAAUUUCCAAAAAAUGUUUGUACCCGUUUGAAGUGGUUAACGGCAAUAGGAAGAGAAGCUUUUGUUCCUAAAGCAAAUGACGGCAUUUGUAUAAAUCAUUUUUCCCCCGAAAGUAUCAUUACAGAAAGUUACAGAGGAGGAUACAAGUUGACAAACAUUCAGUUGAAACGGGGUACUGUUCCUACAAUAAUUGAUCUGAAAUCAUCAACAAAAGACAGUGGUGGAUGUGAUAUAUCUGACAAGAGCGUUAUUUAUAAUGAUACACAUUUACAAGACAAAAGUUGUACCAAAGAUGUUGUUUUUCCAGCGUUACUUGAUGAUCGUGAAUGUAGAGAUAAUACUAACGCUACUACAACAGAUGUAAAAGUGUAUAAAAAAGAAAUUGAUGAAAACAGUACUUAUGAAAUUUUUGAAGAAAAUGACUACAAAAUCAGUAAUGAUCAGAUUCAUGACGAAGAAAACUUUAUUGUGAAAGUGAAUAAGCCCAGGUACAACAUAGAUGACUUCAGAGACCCUAGUACUUCCAAAUCAUUUUUGCAUUUUUGUGGUCUGGAAAAUCAUGAAAAAUUUAUGAACGUGUUUUACUCUCUGCAACCAGCUUUGUUUAAUCUGAAGCUUGAACCGCAUUCAGUACAUGGACUAAGUGAACGUAACCAGCUGUUUUUAGUGCUUUGGAAGUUGAGACUGUACGCAGCUGACAUUGAAUUGGCAAAUCACUUUAAUAUAAGUGAACAAUCUGUACAAAAAAUAUUUAUAUCAUGGAUUUUAUUCAUGUCAAAAACAUGGAGAAUGAUUGGUACCUGGCCUAGCCAACAGAUGAUUGAUUUUUACAUGCCAGAAACUUUCAAAAAAAAUGUUCCUAAAGUGAGAGUAACCUUAGAUGCAACAGAAAUUAAAACUGAGGCACCUAGUCAGCCAAUUCAUAAACAGUCAUCGUUGAUUACCUAUAAAAAUGCAAAUACCUUUAAGAUAAUAGGAGGUACGACUCCGGGGGGAAUGAUUUCUCAUUCUUCUUCAGCCUGCAGUGGAUCAACUGAUGACCAACAAACUGUAGACAGAAUGAGAAUUAUUGAUAAAUUUAAAAAAAAAGAUGAAAUUUUACCUAAUAAGAGGAUAGUGGUACGGGACAUUUUCGCUCCUUAUGGUGUCAAAAUUUUGACUCCUAUACCUUUGGUCUCAGUACCACAUGAAAAAGUGGGAAUAUCCAUUGGUUAUUUUAGGCUCUGGAUGAUAUAA